GGUAGUUUGUUGUUAGCCUACGAUGCUAGUUAGCUCUGCAGCAAGCGAAACGAAAUUAGCUCGUUCGUUAUUUAUUUCUGUCUCCUUAUCACACGUUUUGUUAUGUUCAUCAGAAGAGUUGCUGGAAAAACAUCCUGGUCGUUUUUUUAAAUGCGAUUUAAAUUCGGUUUAUCAUCGUGGCGGACUUGAGAUGAAGAUAAGGUUAGCUUAGCUGCCGUGUUUGCUAACCAAGGUAGCGAUGGACCACCAUCGAUCCCACAAUCCCAACUCCAGCCAGCGGUCAGCGUACAAAAGAGAAAGAGGCGACGGUUGGAGAAAUCACCAUGAGAAUAAACACUUAAAACCAAGCCAGCAGCAGCAGCGUCAGUCUGGAUCAGCUCCAGAGCAACACCCGCUCGGCUCCCAGAGUUUGAGCACCAGAAGGGAGCUUUAUGAAAGAGACUUUCCAGUUUACAAACAGCCCGUCGAAGUAGGAUGUUUUUCCCUCGAUGCUGAGCGCAGAUUCUUCAACGACGACAGGCAGAUGAGAUACUAUGAGGGACCUGAGAGAAGUCCCAAUUUUGACCUGAGGGAUGGAUACAAGGACCGCUUUAUAAAAAGGGACGACAGCGUGAAGGAGAAGCUGGACCACAUCCUGCGCUGGAUCAUAGCCAAUAAAACAAAGUGCAUCCCAAGUGCGACCACGGCCUCAUCACGUGCUUUAGAUGCCGACAUUGUGACAUGGCGGGGUCAUCUGACCAAGCUGCUGACCACUCCCUAUGAGACACGGGAGGGCUGGCUGCUGGCAGUCACCAUGUUUAAAGGAACCGUUUACAUCAGUGAAGUGGAAACAGAGGCUGCUCGGAGGGACAGAGAGAACCGGACUGAGAGGCACGAAGAGAUGAUGUACUGGGGGUACAAGUUUGAGCAAUACACAUGUGCAGAUAAGCUUCACAGUUUACCUGACCCGAGUGGUGUGGUCAACACGAAUGAGGCCUUUUGCACUGUGGUGCAGACUCGGCUCGCGGAUCACAGACUUCUGUUCUCCGGUGAGGUGGACUGUCGGGAUAAAGAUCCCAAUGCUCCAGCUCCUCCUGCCUGCUACGUCGAGCUCAAGACCUCUGCAGAGAUCUGCACCCCCAAACAACGCAGCAACUUCCACAGGUUCAAACUGCUGAAGUGGUGGGCACAGUCGUUCCUCCCUGGGGUCCCUCGCGUUAUAGCAGGUUUGCGGGAUCAUGAAGGAGUGGUUGUUUCUGUGGAGACUUUUCACAUCUCCAAGAUAUCACAUCUCAUCAAGAAUGAAUAUAACUGCUGGAAGCCGACAGUCUGUAUGAACUUCUGCUGUGAUUUCUUGUCUUUCGUGAAGCAUGUGGCUACUGAAGACAACCCAAGUGUGGUGUACCUGUUCUCCUGGGAUCCCCACAGAGAUGUGACCUACUCCAUCCACAGGGACUCCCCGUAUUCAUUCCUGCCCCGCUGGUAUAUCGAGGAGAUGACCAGCAGUCGAGACUCACAUCAUCAGUCCUGAUUUAUAAUAUCUGGUCAAACAGAAUUCUUGAUAUAUUGUGGCCUCCAAUGGAGGGAUUUUUUUUAACCAAAAUACUUUGUCAUUUUAUGCAUGGACAAUUUAACUUGUGCAGCUUGCAUAGAGAUCAUGAUCAUUCUGAGGGAUACUUAGCAUAUGAUCAUUCACACACACUGGGUAUGUUCGUGUGUCAGUGCAAACAGGAAGCAGAAAUUGGAGAACACGGCCUGGGUUAAGCUGAGCUCGGCCUGCGUGAUGAAAACUGUAUGCUUGGUGACUGGAGAGAAAAUGCGUUUUCUUCGAGUUCACGCCAAGUAUUUCCUGCCAUGGUAUUCGUUCAUCAUUUGAAAGAGAGCUGUGGUUUUUCAUGUAAAAAAAACAACACAGUGUGGUGUCAACAGUUUCACAAACUUUAUUAUUCCCUGGUUAUAACAAUAAUAUAAAAUCCCAAAACAGUCAAUUGUUAUGUUGAAUUAAACAAAAUUAGAAAACAUUUUUAAAAAAUGUGUUGAAAAUAAAUGAAACUGAAUUCAAGUAAGAAUUGCAUCAGCAGUUACAAAUAUUUUUAUGUAAACUCUUCAAACAAAACAUGUUCAAAUGCAUCACUGCCUUCUCUGUUGUCUAACUAACAGUGACAAAUUUAUCUUCUAUUAAAUAAAGCUAAUUUCAUCUUCCCAUAAUCACACGUGGCUUAAUCUGUUUGCACCAGUUAAACAUAUUUUUUUUAAUUUCCUUUGAUUUCUCUGAUCUUUAUGAGCGUUUGCAAUUUGGUGCAGAAUCAAUUGUGGUUUCAUGAGGGGAGUGUGGGGCCGUGGAGGAGGUAUGUGCUCUACUGAUAUUGUGAAUUAGAAAUGCGUUCAUCUUGUGGUGGAUGUCCUUUGAUGAAUUUCCAGACAGUAGACGCAUAAAAACAAAAAA